CGCGCGGCACUAAAGGGGGCAGUUUUGUCUAGGAGACUCAAGUCUGAGAGCCUCCGGAGGGCUUCAGCAGUGCGCGACGCUAGCCCAAGGCAGCAUCACCACACACACACACACACACACACAUACACACACACACACACAAACACACACACACACACACAUACACACAUACACACACACACACACACACACACACACCCGCGACAGGCGCACAGCGAGGGAGCGCGCGCGGGAGAGCGAGUGUGGAAGCGGCCGCGGUCGGAGUGUCAGUGCGAGUGUCGGUGCGCUGCGGGGACGACAUGGAGCACGAGCUGCUGUGCUGCGAGGCGGAGAGCGUGCGGAGAGCCUACCGGGACGGCAACCUGCUCACUGACAGGGUGCUGCAGACCAUGCUCAAGGCGGAGGACAGCUACCUCCCGUCCGCCAACUACUUCAAGUGUGUCCAGAAGGAGAUCCUGCCCUACAUGCGCAAAAUAGUCGCCACUUGGAUGCUGGAGGUGUGUGAGGAGCAGAAAUGUGAAGAGGAGGUUUUUCCUUUGGCCAUGAAUUACUUUGACAGAUUUUUGUCGGUGGAACCCAUAAAGAAAACCAGAUUACAGCUACUGGGAGCUACCUGCAUGUUUUUGGCGUCAAAAAUGAAAGAGACCAUCCCGCUAACAGCGGAAAAACUCUGCAUUUACACAGACAACUCCAUCAGACCCAGCGAAUUAUUGCAAAUGGAACUACUGGCGUUGAAUAAACUGAAAUGGGAUCUAGCAUCAGUAACUCCCCACGAUUUCAUUGAACACUUCCUCACCAAGCUGCCCAUUCAGAAGGACACGAAGCAGAUCCUGCGCAAGCAUGCGCAGACCUUUGUGGCUCUAUGUGCUACAGACAUCAAGUUCAUCGCCUGCCCGCCUUCAAUGGUGGCGGCUGGCAGCGUGGCAGCAGCCGUCCAGGGCCUGCAUCUCAAGAGCGCCGACAGCCUGCUGUCCUCCCAGAGCCUCACCGACUUCCUGUCGCAAGUCAUCAAGAGUGACCCGGACUGCCUGAGGUCAUGCCAGGAGCAGAUCGAGUCCCUACUGGAGAGCAGCCUGCGGCAGGCACACCAACAGCAGCACGGCGUUUCCACGGACACUAAGGGCGUGGAGGAUGAGGCGGACCUCUCCUGCACUCCUACAGAUGUGAGGGAUGUGAAUAUCUGAGCUGUGGCUGUCUGCCCCCCCGGAGAUCAUCCCUAAGGGAGGCUUUGUGAUGAUGAACGAGGCUGCGCCCUCUCCCCCACUCAGCUGUUCCGGAAUCUAGCCAGCACACACGCUCUUAUACUGACCAGCGUCGCAGCCUUUCAGCGCCUCGCCAACAAGCCUGCCAUAUAAGAAGGGAUGCCGUUUGGGUCCUCUGCCAUCACCUUUGCUUGCUCUCCUCCUUUUGGCCCAUUGUGGGGGGGGGGGACUAGAAAAAUGUCCAAAAUGUUUUUAAAAAAGUACACAAAACUGUUCUGAAAAAGAGAAAAAAAAAAAUUGAGUGUAUGUACAGCUUACAGCGAUACACCGCAACGGACAUUUACACGAAACAGCAAUCUCAUAAGAGUUUUUUGUAGCGCAUAUUGUUUGUGCCUACGGAGUUAUUAGAGAAGAAAUGUAGGUAUAAAUCACAUGUCGAUGUCUUCAGAGGAAGUGUCCAAUGUCAGACAUUGUUUUCAAAUGAGAAGAGGGUUUUUUUUCUCCUUGUUUUCCUUAGUAGUCUUACACUCUUGCAAAUAUUGCCUGUGUCUCACAGCACGCUUAACUGUAUCUUCCAGCUUUCGCAUGUAGUCACUUUAUUAUAUUGACACGUAGAGUUGAGAGCCCGUAGCGUGUACCCUCCUCUCAUCUGAAAUGGUUAAUGUAACCAUAUAGUUUAUUUUGUCUAGUGUACAUGAUUCUGUUCCUCCUUAGAAGGCUGUGGAUUGCUGGAGCUUUGGCCAUGCGGUCUACAAAUAGCACGGUCCCUGUGCAUCCGGUCAAGCGCAUAUUCGAACUCAGCUUAUGCAAGAAGAUAAGCUAUUGCGUAAUUCUCGAUGUUGACGUCAUACAGCAGUUCUCAACGAAUUAUAAUCUGAUUUUUAACCAAAAUCUCGGAACGGCUCCUGUUGCAAUCCACAGUUUUAUUUUAUUCUGUCUUAUUGUCCAAAACCAUUCCACCUGAAAGCACUUUCAGUCAAGGCUGCAUUGCUGAUUGUUUUGGAAAAACACGCAUGAGGACAGAGCGGGAUGGUUUGCGAAUAAUGACGUGCUCCAAGCCGCGGUGCCGAGCUGCUCGCCGCGGCCGCGGCGUCACGCGGCGAAGAAGAGACGCGGUCGAAGAGGAGAGGGAUCUCGCAUUGAACUUGUUCUGCCCAGAGCCUCCAUGCUGAGAACACAGCUUCUGUUUCCUUUUGGCUGAGAAGAGAUCGUUUUAGGGAGUGUUGGAUGCCACGAGCGGGGUCCGUAAGGUGGGAUACGUACACUGAGACACAGCUAAAUUCGGUUCCUGUCAGUGAAAUAUGUAGUGGCCUUGCCAAUAGGUUGACAACAGGCUUUACGGAGAAUAAUGCAAGAAGCGCGGAGACGAGCAGCAUGCGUAACAACUACGGUAGACAGUUUCACACGAGUGUGGGGAAAAAGCCAGAAGGCAACACACGAUGUUGACUUGCAUUGCCGCAGAAGCAUUUUAAACACUAAGGGUUGUAAUUUAUAGUUAUAUUAAUGAUUAUUGACUAUUUAUUGCAAAAUUACUCUCCUGUCGAGGCCAGUUAGGAAUGAAUUCUUAGUCAUUCACUAUUUAAACUGCUAAGUGCACAAUUGUGUAAAAAAUGGUGUCUAUGGUAGUGUUUGUUUCAUGCAAGUUCUGUUCGAAGUCAGUUGGCCCUACUUAAAAAAAGUUGUUGAAAACGGAGGGGAAAAAAAAAAAAAAACACCCUUGUUCUUUCCGCAUAGAAUUGAUGCAUUCUUGGCGAAAACAAGACAAGAGGCAAAAGGAAAGUGUUGUACAAUGCAUCUCCCGACCUGCAAACACAGAUGUCUAGUGGCUAUUGGAAGACUUUUGCACAAACUCUUUUGCAUAGUUCUAGAGCGAACCGAAGGUUGAAGCUAGAGGGGAGAAUAGUUGAAGUUGCUGAGGGAGGAAUAAGGCGAUGGCAAGAUGUAAGUGAGUAACUGGUGAAUCAAGGUGUUGAUUGUACUAAGAGAAAAAAAUUGAAAAAUUGGGAGUGCGUGCUCCCUAUAUUGAGCUGCUAUGGAGGAGUUCCCAGCAAAUUACCAUGACUUGUAAAAUGAAAAAAACAAUGCUUUUUUUUCUCUUAUAUAAGUGUUUUGCUGCUAUUUUGAGGAUGAUUUUUAUUACCAUGUCAAUGUACUGCCAUGUAAUAGGUUUUAAUUUUCUCAUAGAAAAUUAUAUUAUUGACAUCGUUGUUUUGUAGUUUUUUUAUG